UCAAACCAACGUAAGGAAUUGGUAACCGUAUGGGUAAUGACCCGUGUUGUUUUCAGUAAUUAUCAAUGCACACAUCCUGUCUCAGCGGUGCGUGGGUUGCAGCAGGACUAGGAGAGACUCCAUCAUGAGUCGGGCAUAUGGAGAGACACCAGCGCCAAGGCAGCAGCAGAACCUGUCAUUUCUGUGAAGUGUCGUAGGCAGAUCAAAUCACAAAACUCUGCGUGGACUGUAAGGAAAACCGAUGUCAUUCUGUGGGAGCUACAGUAACCACGGAAAAUGCAGUGAAAAAGGAUGGACGCAUUGACCGUGCUGCAGGUGUCUGCAAGAAGCUGGUGGGUCACCUCUCAUAGCUGGAAGGCUAGAAGUGCUCUUGAAAGAGCCCAGAAGGAACUCAAUCUACCUUCACAUUCCCUCAUAUCAGAAUGCCAAACAAGAUGGGGUUCCAGACAGAAGAUGAUCAGCAGGAUACUAGAGCAGCAGAAGGCUAUAACUCAGGUCCUGUCUGAGGACAGGAAGACACAGCAUCUAAUUCUAACCUGGCAAGAUAUGGAUGUCCUAGAAUCUGUCACUAAGUCACUGGGCCCAUUGCUGGACUUUACAGAUGCACUUUUAGGAGAAGACUAUGUUAGUGUCUCAUAUGUGAAGCCAGUCUGUCAAUUCUUCAACACUUCAAUGCAGCUAAUACAAGAAGGAGACACAGACUUGACCAAGACAUUGAAAACUGAGAUGUUGCACUACAUCAACAAGAAAUAUAGAGAUGAAGCUACUCAGGAGCUGCUAGAUGCGGCUUCAUGUUUGGACACCCGUUUCAAGAUGGACUUCAUCAGUGAAGACAACAAGCCCCAAGUCAAGGCCAGAGUGGCAUCAGAAAUGAUGGAAUGCCAGGAGGAGACGUCAGGCAGCAGCACUGAAGUGGAGCCGGAAGUUGCAGGUUGCAAGUCCCAGGCAAAGAUAACGCCAAGAAAUCCUUGGGAAGUUUCUUUAAACAGAGCGGAGCUGCAGCAAAGGGUGAUUCCUCUAUGACCAAGGAUGCUGUGGAAGCAGAAUUAAACAACUACCUCCAUUGGACAAAGAGGAAGAUCCACUUGCAUGGUGGAAAACACAAAACACAAAAGCUUUCCACAUCUCGCCAAGCUUUCCCGCAAGUAUCUAUCCGUUCCCCCUCAGAGAGGCUUUUCGGUACAAGUGGCAGUUUUGCCUGUAAUGGUGAACAGACUGGUAUUCUUGGCCAAAAACCUUCAUGUUUGAGUGAGUAAUGUAUACAUGCUUAAAGUCAAGUUAUUAUAUUUGAAUAGAAUUUAGAUUUACUAUAUUAUUCUACAGAAAUGUAUUUAUUUUACCAGGUACUCUGUUUUGAAAGAAACAAGAUUUUAUACAGUUGAAAAGUUAAAUUUAAAUCGGCAUUUGUCUCGCCAUGAUGACCAACACUGUUUUCCUUUGGCACUGUUGCUAAGAAAAGUUUAUUUUAAAAAGGAAAGUUUGUGAAAUACAAUGGUUCUGUGUUGAUAUUUGUUAUUCAUGUU